UUAGGUCCCUUCCCCACGCCUUGACGCUAUUAACAUAGACGUUUUGCCGAAGUUUCGUGUCGCAGCCCUCCAACAUCCAUACAUAGGAAACAGCUAUGAGGUCCUUUCACUGAACUUGAUCGCCAUAACAACCAUCUUUCUGGGCGUGUCGUCACUGUAAUGGGGGAAGUCACGUGUGAUUACAGGCAGUGACAAGGGGAUUUCCUUCGGCCCAGUAGACGUGACGUUGUAGGAGACUUGUAACCAAUCGGAAGAGCGGAGCGGGGGAAUUCCAGACUGGAAAGCGAGCUCCGGGAUAGUGGCUGGCUGGGUAGUUGGAGUACUUUCGUGGUUCAGGGUGUGUGUGUAAGAGCUGCCAAGCCACUCGGAUGUUUAGGCUUCACAUACAAAUGUUACAUUUCGCAGCUUUUAAUUACGGCUUUGGAUAUAGCAGACACAAUGAGAGAACAGGGGCGGGAAGGGUCUCCUUUUUUGUCUCAGCAACUUGGAACAACAAUUGAAGAUGUGAUGGAUCUUAUUAAUUCUGACCCGGAUGUAAAUUCUUCGUCUUCCGUGUUUGUGUGUGAGGAAACCCCUUCUGAUAUCCUCAGUACUGUAACGGUUUCACAUUAUGUGCCCCAUGAGCAAUGCCCAUCCACAUCCUGGGCCCCUCAGCGAGAAGGUCCAAAUCCAGAAUUAAAAAUCACUGAGCAACCAAAACAGAGAGGUAUGCGCUUCCGUUACCAGUGUGAGGGGAGAUCUGCUGGAAGUAUACUUGGGGAGAAAAGCACAGAGCACAAUAAGACCCUUCCUGAGAUUGAGAUCAUCAACUGUGAUGGACUUGAAGAAAUCGUUGUCAUUGUGUGUCUUGUCUGGAGAGAUUCUCCUCAUCGCGUGCACCCCCAUGGCCUUGUAGGUAAAGACUGUCAUAAUGGCAUCUGUCAGGUCACCCUGAAUCCUCAGAAUGGAGUAGCAAAGCACAGUUUCAGUAAUCUUGGCAUUCAGUGUGUGCGAAAAAAGGAAAUUGACUCGGCAGUAAAUGAACGGCUGAAAUUAAAUAUAGAUCCUUUUAAAGCUGGGAAAUGGCGCCUCCAUGAAGAAGUAGAUUUAAACGUGGUCAGGCUCUGCUUCCAGGCCUCCUGUACUGGGCCACGGUUUCGCUUUGACAUUCCCCCUGUGCUUUCUGAACCAAUAUAUGACAAGAAAUCUACAAAUACAUCAGAGCUGAAGAUUUCUCGCAUUAACAAAGAAUAUGGAUGGUGUGAAGGGGGCGAGGAGGUCUAUAUCCUGUGUGAUAAGGUUCAGAAAGAGGAUAUCCAGGUAAUAUUUGGAGAAGAUAAUUGGGAGGCUCAAGCUGAUUUCUCACAGGCAGAUGUGCACAGGCAAAUAGCAAUUGUGCUAAAGACACCGCGGUAUCAUGAUCUGCAUAUCACAGAACCAGCUUGUGUGAGUGUGUUCCUGCAGAGAAGUACAGAUGGCAUACGCAGUGAAGGGAUGCCAUUUGUCUACAUGCCAAGAGUUAAAGAUCCCAACGGUGUGCACUCUAAGAGGAAACAUCGGGACUGUUCACUCAGUGAUAUAGGAAAUCCUGAUCCACAUGGGAUUGAAAUGAAGAGAAGAAAAGUAAGACCCAGUUAUGCAGAUCAUUUAAUCCCCUCUUACUCAGAUUUUACUGUACCGCUCAUUGAUUCCAUGAACUGUAAUGAAGGUUACCAUGGGCUUCCUCUGAUGGGUACCGAUGAAGGUGAAGAAAACUUUCUCAGUGAGGACACUGCAAAUUUUUCAGAACUCCUGGCACAUGAGCCUUACACCAACAACUUUUUGAAUGUUUAUUCUGAUCAAUUUCUGACAGAUCAGGUGAAUGGAGUCACAGCUCAUCUUGUGGGUUCCAGCCUUGCUUUAACCGAUGAAGAACAACAUUUACCAGACUGUGCUUUUAAUGAUACUGGUUGCCGGAGAUAACAGUAUAUUUAGAUAGGUCCUCUGUGAUGGACUCCAAUAUUUUAAUCUGCUUUCAGCACUUGAAGUACAAGCUCACUUCAAUUUGUGUGUGUAUAUAUAUAUAUAUAUAUAUAUAUAUAUAUAUAUAUAUAUAUAUAUAUAUAUAUAUAUAUAUAUAUAUAUAUAUAUAUAUAUUAGAAUGUAAGAAAGCUUUCUGUGCUGGGAAACAUAAGUAAUUUUUGGUGUUAGAGGGAGGAUAAAACACAGUGAUCUAAAGAUUUCUAGCAUUAAGUCUUAAAAUUCCAUUGCUGACAACCUGGCAAAAUGAUCACAACCGAAGAGGUCCAUGUCUCAGCAACAUGGAAUGAAGUUCAGAAACUAGAGACACUGAAGAAACCACUAUAUACUUGGAAUUCUAAAAAACAAAUACCACUUUUUGUAUGAAAAACAAUAAUGGACCAAAAAAUGUUCUAGGUUGUAAAGAAUAUUUGAGAGGCUCUUUUAAUGGACGAGAGGAGUUUAGGAAGCAGUAGCACUGGUUUGUCAGGCACCAGCACCCACCAAAAAAGAUAGAAGAAAACGCUUGACGUGUGAUAUAGUGGGCAGUAUAGGUGGUUGUUUCAACCUGUCCUUUUUACAAACCUAAUGUUAAGACAUCCCAAGGCACUAGAUCUGUAUGUACAGAGAUAUAUAUAUAUAUAUAAUAAAGACAGUUUGGUGUGUAUAGGUGAACAUAUGGUAUAGAACAGAGAGGGUGUAGUUAUUGCACUAGCUUAUGAUGUCAAAAUUUAAUAUUUGCAGUUAAAAGGAUUUAUUACAUUCUAUACACUAAAACACAUUAUAAACUCUAUAAUCUUAUCACUAUUUUAUUAAUUGAGACGGUCGCUAAAAACAAAAUCCCUCCUGCUUUGAUACUUUUAAAAUAAGUGGAAUAGUUAAACUGAUGCCUGUUGUCAAUAGCUAAUGAGCAGCUUGAUGGGUUCUUCUUGCAGUAUAGGGAAUCUGAUCAAGGGCAGGGGUUUGUUGGCACCAGAACUUUUGCUUUCAGCACCUGAGACUCACAACAGAGGUGCUGGGUGCAGGAGAGACCACAGGCUAACCUGCAAGGGCCAUGUGCCCCAAACUCAGGUUGCACUGUAAUCAGGCUUAUCCCAUGACGCUUAAAUAGUAGUUGGGCCUGUUCCAGGAAGACUUGGUAUGCUUCUGGCCCUGAACAGUUAAUGUGUAGUGAAGCAACUCCAUUCCCAGGGGCUAGGGCCCAUACAUGAAGCUCAUGGUGACCUUCAGGGCCACAAAGUAUCUCUAGGUCUUUCUUGAGUCCACAUAGAUCAAAGCAAGGUGGCACAGCCUGAAGUAAAAUGCAUGCAUUCUCCACCAUGCUGGAGUAUACUGAAGUAAUAAGGAUAGCAACAGAAACCAAGCAAAGGGCAGGGUCCAUGUAGUGCAGAACAGGACUGUCCUUGUCUGUGAGGUGGAGAGAGAGGCUGCUUGCCAGAAGGAGAGAUGAAGGUGUUAAAAAAGACAGAAGGCGCAAGAUCAACAGCCAUCUUCUUUUUGUCCCUCCUGUUAGUUUUGAGCCAGUUUCUGUGUGAAGACAUAGAGCAAUAUGUAUUUGUACUGGUUAAUGACAUAUAAAAGUUUGCUUGCAUAUACAUAGCAGCCGUGUUCAUUUCUCCAUUCCUGGAUUUAUUGGAAAUGGAGUGUAAUUAAUGAAUUGAUUACUCAAAACCAUUUCUAACAAUGGUCUUUAUUGUAGGUAGAGUUUACAGAUAAAUAAUACUAUAGUUGAGAUAGUAAGCCUGGUAUUGUCUAAAAUAACCAUGUCAAUCUAUGAAAACUAUUAAGCCCGUUGAGCUGUGACAAUGGCUAGCCAUGAUUAUAGGUUUCUGUGUAUAUUUGCUGCAUUUACACUGCAUUGGUAUGUGUAUAUAAAACAGAUGGAAUGGUGAAAUUAAGUUUCCUUAACCAAAUCUAAGUUGGAGAAUUUCAGGCUUGACAUUGAAAGCUGAAAUUGAAAGCUUAAUAGUAUAGUAGAACUGGGCUGUAAACAAGUGAACUUGCAUAAAGGCACUUGGUAUGGUAUGAGAGCUAAGUACUGCCAUACAAUUAGUUUAUUUAUAAUGCAGUAGGCAUAUUCAGCACUUUUUUUGUACAACAUUUGGAGGAUAGAGUAAAAAAGGAUAUAUAAAUUCUACUACAUUUUAUGACAAGACUGAUAGUAUCUCUUUCAGGGGUGUCCAACCUGAGACCCACUAUCUAAUUUUCCAGCAUCCCAUUCCCCUUUAAAAGGUCAUCCCUGAUUUAGAACAUGCAGUUAAAGGAACACUUCACCAUGUUAUUCUCCAUGACCCAUGUAAUUCAUAAUAAAUAUAAAAAGAAUCAAAA